GUUCCCCAAGUGUCCACCAAAUUUAAAGGAUUAGCUAUAGUUUGCCCAAGCACGUACUUAAGCUUGCCUCUGAUGCUCUAGAUUAGGCCUUUGGGAAACUACGAACUAAGUGGACGAAAUUAAUUAUGCUUGAUGCGUUACAAAUUAAGUAUGCUUCUAAAAUCGAAACUCGACGUGGCGAGCGUCAAAAUUACGCGCGGCAGACACGUCUGUGGUUUCGAGAGUUGGAUGAGAUCCGGCAGGAAGCUGCUUGUGCACGGAGUCGACCAGUGAGUGCAAAUAAAGCCUCGCGCAAGGACCACGCAAUACUCGUGGGGCGCUAUCGUCAGGCUCGUGGCGAACAAAUCAAAUGGCAGGACAUUGCAGAUAAGACCAUCGAAGAGAAUAGGCUACUACGAGGAGAAGUCUGCGCAUUGAGGAAACGGUUUUGCGACGCCCAGAUAUCGGCUGCCUACACUGGCAAGAGACAUUUGGACGCGGAGGUCUCACUCAGUGCGCUCAAGUAUGCUGCGAUGGAGACUGAGAGGGCGGUAGUUCUAGGAUACUUGAGCAAAUGUGGAGCUUUGCUUGAAGAGCUUGAAGCUCAAAAGCUGCAGACUGCAGUAAUUAGGCGACAAGUUGUCGAUCUACGACAGGAGUUGUCUGGCGUGCGCCGGCAGCUAGCUUUGCAUGCUACAGAGCGUGGCGAAGUAGUACAGCAAGCUCUUUUCUCCAGCCGAGGGGGAUACUCUACCAAGCAAGGCAUGCCAUGCACUUUUGGUAUGUUGUCCCUCCAGCAGAGGGUGUGUUGGGCUGGGUUGGGCGCGGUUUCUCCAUUUCAAAUGCGACGAGGUGCUUCUCCGAACGCUAGGGCCGAUUCAAACCUCAGGCCUAAGAUUGAAAACGGCAGAGAAAAAGUGCGUUCUGCCGCAUUACCAAAAGAGUCGAAUUUCAAGGCCUCUGAAGUAGCAAAGCAACAGACAAAGAGCGACAGCAUGAGGAUCGUGCAAUUUGCGCAAAAUGUUGUGAGUGGCCAGAUUCCCCGCGCGCUAUCUUUUAAAAAACUGAGAAUCACACGCAAAGCUGGCGCUACUCGCAAGGCUCAUCAGCAAUUGGCCAAUGAUGCCAGAUCUCUAACCGAUCGUUGCGUCUAUCUCCAGCACCAAAUAUGCGCUGCCUUGAGCGCAGAGUGCCGUUGGCGUGAGGAGCGCAUACUACUGCUAUCAUCAGCACGAAUGUUUGACCUUGCAAUCAAAGAACUCUAUGCUAAUUCCGCAAAGAAAGACGCAACAAAAGGAAUGUUUGAUAUGAAGCGUGUUUCUGCGUUCGAUGUCCAUGCCGAGCAUGCUGCAUCAAAAUGGCCAAUGGCCUCAGACGCACAUCGAUUUGCGAGCCGUGGCUGUAUUAGUGCAAUUUCAGAUGCUAACAAAGCAUGCCAAUUCGUAGAAACCAAUACGCGCCAUGAUAGCUUAUCAGAGAAGAGGGUGGAGGUGUUGGGUGAUUGCACUGACCUUGAUCCUCUAGAUUCUAUGGGCUUGCAGGGAUUCAUUCUGCAUAUUAAGGACAUCAUGGCUAACGAGGUUACAGGCAUUACAGAUCCAGGUAUGAAAGGGGGUAAACUCUUGAUUUCACAGGAGCUCAUAGCGACAAAGCUCAACAAAGUAUUCGCUUACAUGAGAAAUUUUGGAACGGUGGCGGCACGUGAGUGCACUGAGCUUCGCGCGUUGCUCGCAGUCAACGAAGCACAAACAUCACAAGAGGGAGCUAUGCUUAAGCGGGAUGCGGCGGCAGAUAUUCAUCAAAAUCAGGCGGUAUUACAGUACAUCUAUGCCACUUGUCUGCACUGUGCUCAAGCUUGUGGUACUCAUCUACUGCGGCUUGAACUCCCCUGCAUGAGAUUAUCUGAUGAUGCAGCUCUUCUAAUUGUGCGAUUACUAGCAGGUAUGCCUCGAAUCAAAUGUAGUUUAUCUGCUUAUCCGGUGGCGGAUCAUAUCAUGCAAGGUCAAAAGCCAAGUCUGCAUGCUCCCCAUAACUUUCGACCACAUAAUUGGUUGUCGCACCUCAUCCUUCGUGACAAUGCACUUGGCGAUGUUGCUGCGGCAGCGCUUGCUAUCAACAUAGUUUCCAUUGCGCCGAUUCUGGCCUAUGUGGACUUGAAGAACAAUCAGAUCUCCUCCAGUGGCAGACAAACUCUCAAAAUUGGGACCGAAGCAAACAAAUCUGUGCUUGAAACAUCCUCGUUCAGCCAUGAUGACUGUAACAUGCGGCUAAGGGAGGAAGCCCUCGGUCCAAUUAUAUGUGGCUGGCGUGAGCACGAAAACUGGACCAUCGAGCGGGUGGGAGCCGAAAUUGCCCGACUUGAGCAACCAGGCAGUCACUAUCUUGGCAUUUUGAGCGGCAUGCUUGUGGAUCCGCAUGUGCACGCCCCCCCGCCCCUCUUGGUCGACCUUCGUGGCAACACGCCCAUUGUCACCCCUCCUGUUCCGGUGCUCCGAAAUCCUGAGCGGCAGCUGGAUCAUAACCUGCGUCUAACAUUCCCGACGAUAACGACCUCGUCUGAAAAUAUCCUGGGUGGGGUGGUGGUGCAUGCUGUGGUUGGGUGGUUCACCGCCGUGCUCCUGCAGAGACUCGUCAUGGACGGGUUGCAAUUCAGGAAACCCGCCGUCCCGACCUCUCGCUUUCGCGGCGUAUAUGCCUUCCGAUCACCGCUCCGUCUCCGAUACAAAUGGCAAUGCUUCAUGGCCAUCGAUGAAACCCGAAGGGAGCAUCUGGGAACAUUUGAAACAGAAAUACUCGCUGCUCAAGCAUUCGAUACACGUGCAAGGACACUCGGUCGCUCCUCGGAAUGCAAUUUCGAUGAAGAGACUCAACCACGCAUUCCCAACGAGGACUUGAGCUACGACAAAACACAAGGUCAGCCUGCCGAUAAGUCAAUACCCCCCCCCGCCUGGUUUACUACGUCCAGCGUCUGCCGCGGCGGUUACUGGUCGUCAGCGCAAAUCAAGGAUGGGCGCUCGCAGGCAGGGGCUCCGGCACGCGGCGAUGGACAACCACACCGCGUGGGCAACUACAGUAGUGGAGCACGUGCAGAGGUUCCACAGUCGCGCUUUAAGGGAGUCUACUUUGUCCUGGGGGGUCGCUGGGAAGCUAAGAUAACGUAUCGUUCAAAAUCAAAGCACAUUGGGACUUUUGACUCCGAAGAGGAAGCAGCGCGUGCAUUUGAUGCUCGCAACGAGGUCAUGGAGCAAGCUUCUGAACCUUUCCGUGGCGUUCGAAGGUCACGGAACAAGUGGCGCGCAGUCAUCUCGGUGGACGGGCAAUCUGUUAAUCUUGGCAUUUUUGACACCAAAGAACAAGCGGCGGAGGUCUGCCGUGCUGCUGAGUCGCAGAAUGCAGAACGCAAGCGAAAUGUGGCUCUCUCCGGUGCGAAGCUUGCUAUAGACGCCACAGCUGAUGGCGCUGGGUUGCGUUCAAGUUGUAUUCCCGAAGCUGUCGCACAUUCACGCAAGCGACCGCGAAGAUACCAGGGUAUACCGCUGCUUGAGUCGGCUUGUCAUGCGCAAAAUUUAGCCGACGGCCCUCAAGGCACGGAAAAAUCGGAACUAGUCCCUGCUCUUCAACUUUCGCCAGUACAGACCCAGUCUGGGGCAAUGACUCCCGCAUACUACUUUGGCUUCCAGAUGCAACCGACCCAACCACUAGAGACCGCACAAAAUUUGCAUUGUAUAGACACUGGUUUCUGGCAACCAUCACUUGGUCGAAGCAUGCCGCAUAGUGCGCCGAUACCACCUACACAACGUCCAGAAAGUGCCAACAACGUCAUCAACAGAAAUCUGGAGGUGCGCCAUGGCCAGUGGUUUUCCCGGCUCAACACACUUGGGGAACCCGAAUUUCUAUUUGCACAAGUACCACCCGCUGCGACAGACGUCACUUCAGCCAAUAGAUCCCUUUUUCACGUUCACUAUACUGACAACGAGGAAUCCUCUUUUUACGUGCAGCCCCGCAGUAGCUGGCUUAUCGCCAAGCGCACUUUGAUUGUGCUUAAUCACACUCGCGUUCUAAGGGCGAUAUUCGCCGCUUUAUCAUCAUACUGGCCUAUGCUGGCUAUGCUAAGUCUGCCUUAUACUGGCUAUGCUCAUGCUAUACUAUGCUGGUGCUGCAUACUAGCAUACUCGGAUUCUAACAAUGAUGGCGCUUCGGCACUACUCUCAGCUGUUUUUUUCGGUGAACCGGCGCGGAGCGAGCCGCCCCAUGAGGUCCACGGCGUGGAGAGCCUACGAAGGCGGCGCAUUUUGCUGGUUUCGGUGGCCGUGGCACGAGGAGAUCCGGGCACGGGGCAGCGUGCUGGCUGGCGCGGAGCCUCGGGGUACAUGUAUGGUGCCCUCGGGCUGCUCAGUCACUGGUUUGACCCGGGCGACGUGCGAUGCGCGCGCGCGGCCGCGCGGGCGCGCUCGACUAAAUUUAAUGCCUCCAUGCCGUCUCGGCCCGAAAUCAGCGGAACCAAAUACAUACAGCGAGCCGCCUAUAUGCUCAAUAAACCAAAGUUUUCUAGUUGUUGCCCAAUCGCAACGUACCUUCAAACUCAGCGGCGCCGUGGACCUCCUAGCCGCCCCACGUUUUUAGGACGUGAGAUGGGGAAGCGUCGGGAUAGUGAGGAUUUCGCAGGAUUUGACCCGCAAGCUUCACCACGUGAGAAUGAGGGCGUGCGAGAGGGAGACGUUGGUCUGAUUACAACGCGCUGGGGGUUGGUCGUCUCGCCUGAGCAAUACGACGAAGUAAGCAACUCGAGGAGUGACUCGCGCAAUACGCUCGGGGCCGUGCGAAAACGCAUGUGCAGCCAUGAGGGUGUGUUGGAACUUUCGGUGUUCUUUGGCUGGCUACUAGUCAUCACGGCGCACGUCGCUCAGAUUUGGGCUCUUUGGUGGUUUUUCUGGCAGCAUGUCUUCGCAGUAUGUUUCCAUGCAGAGCUUUUUGGCAUAACUGGCCUUGUCAUGACUUUAUGCACCAACUUUGCAUCAUACCUGCAUCAACCGGGGAAACGGCUCUUUGAUGUUGGCUUCGUGAUCGUGCCUGAACUUGGUCGUGCAAGUCGUCUCGAGCCUGUUUCAGAUGUGUUGACUGGAGCUAUGCCCGUGGUUGCGUUUGUAUACAUAAUGUUUUUUCUGGACCGUCGCCGUCGUUGUCGCUGUCUGACGGAUUGGUUCCGCAUGAUGACUGUGGUUUAUGCAUUUCGUUGCAUAACUUCUACAAUGACGUCCCUGCCUGGUCCAGCACCGCAUUGUCAGUCCAAAGCCCAGGAAAAUGAUGUUUAUCUCCCCCCCGAUACUUGGCACGAUAUCGCCACGUCCCUCACAACAGCCAUUUCAGGCGGUUCUUGCGGUGAUCUGCUAUUCUCCGGUCAUGCAGCGAUGACAACGAUUACUACACUUCUCCUUGUGAGACAACAGCGACGUCACGGCCAAAAGACAGAGCGCAUCGCGAAAGUUCUCGGCUGCACAUAUAUCUUCCUAAUGUGUCUGUUUGCUGUUGCUAGCCGUCAUAGGAAACAUUACACUGUUGACCUUGCGCUUGGCACCCUCAUUGGUUCCCUAACUUACUUUCGUUUUCGUGACUCAUGGUCCAGAGACCCCGUAACUCUAGACCGCAUGGAUGCAGUUGUACGCUACUAUUCUCCUGGGGCGGAUCCCUACGCGACAGAGAUCUAUCCCAACGAGCAAUCAGUACAAACGCCCUUAUUAGAAGUGAAGGCGAUGUCUCAUAUUGUCUGAUGGGCCAGUGGGACCGGCGUACUUGGGUAAUGAAAUGAACCUCGUUGUGGUUUUUUUGUUCGUCGUCCCGCCGCGGGUGUUCGGGGCAGGCUUUGAUGUUCGUUCGUCUGUAAUCUGGGUAUGAUUUUGGUUUUGCUAUGCGUCUGCUACCACGCUAAAGCGGUUGAUAUCAUCCUCUGAAUGCGAGCCUGAUUAUCGGAGCCCGCGGCCCGCCCCGCUGGCCCGCCCGCGCGCGAACUGGAGCUCCGUCAUUCACGCGGCAUGAGAAACCCAACGGGGCCUAGUUCGCGACUUGGCGCCCCCCCCCUAGCCGCUGCAGGGUGGGGACCGAGCGAGAAGUAGCUGGCUAGUGGCCGGUAACUUUUCUUGGUUGU